AUGGUGACUCCACCAUUACUUCAGAGGUUCGGGGACGAUCAAAGCUCGUUGAUGGAUAGGUUCGAGCGGUUUUCUUUCGAAGCUCACCUCAACAAUGCCUUGCUUGGUCGGAGCCUAUCCGAGUCCGGUUUCUCUUCAUUGUACAGCGCGGUCUUCGAUGACUCAUCUCCAAUACGUACGGUGGCAGCGGUACCGGCAUGCCAAGGCCGAAGAGGAUUAGGUCUGAAUAAGAUAUUGAAAAAUCUGAUGAAACCAAUUAGAUACUGUAACAGAAGAAUCGGCAGAGGAAGAAAGAAACAAGAAGAGACGUUUGAUUUAGAUGCUCGGAGUUUUAAGAAAUGGCAAACUUUCAGCAAAUCUGUCAGAUUAUCUUGA